GAAGAUCAGAGGCAGCGCCUGGCGCCUAUAUAAAGGGAGGCUGCGGGGCCGGAGCAUGGUGACAGUCUCUCUCCGCACACAGCCCUGCAGCAGCAGCAUCCAACAACAACACACACGGUACCAGAGGGGAGCUGCCAUUGGUUUACAGGAGCAUCCUUCCUCCAUGCAGCUGAGAAACAUGGAGUCCUCCUGCCAGGAUUAUCCCAAAUUCCACCAGGACUGUGACCUGAAGGGAGAAGCAGCAGCAUUGGGGUCCCCAGACCCCCAGACCAGGGAGGAGGACCACCUUGCUGAAGAAGGAACGUUUGUGAGCCCAUCCAACGAUGAUGAUAACCCUGACUACUUCUUCCUGAGCAGUCAGCCCUCCCCACCCCUCCCUCUGAACUACUCCGGGAGCUUCUUCAUCGAGACGGGACCCGAGCACUCACACGAACAGGAGGCCCUCUUUAAUCUGAUGUCCGGCAUCCUGGGUCUGUCGCCUUUCUCUGCGCCACACAAAGUCCACCGGCAAGAAGCACUCUAUUCCAUUCCCGAGGCCCUACAGAAUCAUAUGGACCUUUACUCCCAGCCCAACCUCAACAUUUCUGUCCAGCAAGGGUACCCCAGCCAGUUGUAUUCUGCCUUCAGUAGUACAGAGGACCUCCAUCAGGUGCCCAGCUCCCCCAACCUGGGCAAUUCCUGCACCAACCAAUUUUUCUUUGAGUCUAAAAAUAUGCCAAGCAAGCAAGAAAUGGACUUGUCGCCCAUCUCGCCUGCCUUGGAUUCAUUUAAUGCUCAAUGGGAGCCCCAGACAUCUCAGAACUUUGGCGUAACGUCUUACCCCUUGGAGGGAUUUUUGCCCUCUGAAAACUCCUCAACUGUGUUUCACCCAAUUGAGUCUAAGAUAGAGAAUAUGAUGUCUGCCUGCUGCCAGCCUCAUAUGAACGGUGUGAUGGAGGAGUCGGUUAUGUACAACACUAUGGACUUCACUUGCCAGUCAGAGGCAUUCCAGACCUCCCCCUGUGACUUUGCUGAGACCAAGAUUGACUUAAAGUCUCAGAUUUUACUCGAUGCCAAGUACCAGCUCAACCAGCAGAUGCCAGGGAUGCUGAUCACAGAGGAAACCAUUCAAUCAUCUCCAGUCAUCUCCACAGAUUUUCUGGGACUGUCCCCGACAGCUGACACCAUUCCUCCACCCAGUUCUAGCAACCCUUUGGUAGAGCCCAGGAGGAAAUACAGACGGAAUAAGUUUCCAGCCAAAUGCUUCCGACCCAAACCCAACGAGAAGGCCUUCGCCUGCCCAGUGGAGAACUGCAUCCGGAGCUUUGCCCGCUCCGACGAGCUCAACAGGCACUUGAGGAUCCAUACUGGGCAUAAGCCCUUCCAGUGCCGUAUCUGCCUGAGGAACUUCAGCCGCAGUGACCACCUGACCACCCACAUCAGGACCCACACCGGGGAGAAGCCUUUCUCCUGCGACCUCUGUGGCCGGAGGUUUGCCAGGAGCGACGAAAAGAAGCGACACAGCAAGGUCCACUUGAAGCAGAAGGCUAGGACUGAGGAGAAACUCAAGGGCCUUGGCUUUUACUCAAUGGGCUUGUCUUACCCUACCCUGUGAAGCAAACAAAGUCUUCAUUUGGUCUGAGCUCACCUUUUACCUUGGAGAUGUUGCCUCCAACUGGUCGCCCAGCUAGUCCCAGUACUCUUCUGGAUGACCUAGCCUGAUUUGUAGCUCGGCUGUCACCUGCAUGGCUCAGUAUUCUGUUAUCUUUACAGCGUGAUGUAUACAUAACUGUAAAACUUAAUGUAUCAUCUAAGCACUGUUUUAAUAGCUGUUACCUCGACUAUAUGGCCAGCUGUGUUUUGGAGCUUACUUCGGAGGUGGACAGCUUCCUAAAAUGCCUGUAGACAUUGCCAUCUACGUAUGAUCCAGGUGCUAUUUAACAGCAAGCCCUCUCUUCAUAUAAAGAAAUGUCUCUACAACUUUAGUACCAAGGAAGUUCUUGAGUUUUAGUUCAUCGCCACAGUUGUGGACAGCUCCGGAAUUAACACGUAGUCAAUGCCAAACACUUGUGAUCCAGGUGGAACAUCAUGCCUCUAUGACUAUAUUACCAACCAGGUUCUGGAGCUUAGUUCAGCGCCACAGCUCCAGAAUUAACACGUAGUCAAUGCCAAACACUUGUGAUCCAGGUGGAACAUCAUGCCUCUAUGACUAUAUUACCAACCAGGUUCUGGAGCUUAGUUCAGCGCCACAGCUCCAGAAUUAACCCAUAGUCAAUGCCAAACACUUGUGAUCCAGGUGGAACAUCAUGCCUCUAUGACUAUAUUACCAACCAGGUUCUGGAGCUUAGUUCAGCGCCACAGCUCCUGAAUUAACCCGUAGUCGACGCCAUACCCUUGUGGUCUAGAUGGAACAUGAUGCCACUUUAAUGACUACAUUACCAACCAAGUUCUAAAGAAGUUUCAGCACCUUCGAGCCGAACAGCUCCCUCCUAAGCCUGCAGUCAAAAGCCAAUAAACGAGUACAAGGAGCAGAGGAAAGAAGCAAGCCAAGUUCUGGUUUGAUAGACUGUACAAUGAACAAUGUAUGAAAUGACCUUUGGCGUCAUAUAAAGACUUAUUUAUAUAUAUAUAUAUGGACUCCUUACACUACUGUAGGAAACCUUUGUAGUUGAUAUGGACUUAUUAACCCCACCCCCU